AUGCCUGAGGUUAACGAGUACAUGAUUGACCGUGUCACAGAAAACACAACGUCGGCAGUGACGCCCAUGAUUGUAAGGGAGUAUAACAAGAUUGGAGAGGGUGCCUUUGGGACCGUGGUAGAAGCGGUUUUGAAGCCCUUAGAGCCCAAUACCGAAGAGUCCAAUGGAUCCACUACAACUAUAGCCAACGGUGGGGAAAGGUGGCUCGGACCAUACGCCAUCAAGCGCGUUCCAGCGCAGACCGAAUACAAGAGUAGAGAGUUGGAACUCUUGAGAGUGGUAAACCAUCCUAACAUCGUUUCGUUGAGGUACUUCUUUGACAAGCAAUCAAAGAGCGACGGUGAGGUAUACCAGAACUUGGUAAUGGAAUGCUUACCGCUGAAUUUACAGAAUGAAAUUAAGUACUACAAGCAGUCGAAGUACACCAUACCUUAUCCACAUAUGAAGGCAUAUACGUUCCAGUUGGCCAGAGCCAUGCUCUAUUUGCACGGCUUUGGGAUAUCCCACAGAGACAUCAAGCCUUCCAAUAUUUUGGUUGACCCAUCCACCGUGACGUUGAAGAUUUGCGAUUUCGGAUCUGCAAAGAAAUUGGAACCAAACCAACCUUCGGUUAGUUACAUCUGCUCUAGGUACUACAGGGCCCCGGAGUUGAUCGUUGGGUGCUCUAUUUACAGCACCAAGAUUGAUGUGUGGGGACUCGGGUGCGUUGUAGCUGAGAUGUUCUUGGGGAAGCCAAUAUUCCAGGGUCAAACAAAAGAGUCACAAUUGAAAGAAAUUUCCAAGCUCUUGGGACCACCUCCCAAGACUUUCUUCUUCAAGAGUAACCCUCACUAUCGUGGUGAAAUGUAUUCUACAAAGUUGUUUAGCUGCACAGUGGAGGAGAGGUUUGAACAGAUAUUCUCCAACUCUCCUCCCGAUGCCAUUGAUCUUUUAAUGAAGAUUUUAGUAUACGACCCCGAGGUGAGAUCAUCACCUAGAAGGAUAUUAGUACACCCUUUCUUCCAUGAAUUGAAAAGAGACAAGUUUCAAGUUUAUCCUAGGGGAGCGCUGGAACCAAUAACGUUGAAUUUGUUCAACUUUAGCAAUUAUGAGUUGCAGCUUUUGGGUAGUUUGAAGGAUGAGUUAUUAACAUCGGUGUAG